CAUGACACUGCGAUGGCUGCGACAGGAGAUUUCGGUCGCAAAGCUGUCGUUGUCGUUGUCGUUGUCGUUGUACUGUCACUGUCGAACUGGCGGCGAACACUGAAUGUAUUUUCAGCUGUGCUUACCCGUAUGGGCCCAGUUGCCACGAGGUCGGUCAGCGGCUGACUACCCCACAAUCUGGCGGUCUCACCGUUUCCUUUUCCAGUUGCAUCACGUUGCUGCAACCCCCAUUGCAAUCGACAUGCUACGCACUCGGAGAUUUGUUUUGCAGAUCCCCCAAUCGCGGGUCCCAGAGUGCGCGCGACUUACAAUAUGGCACAACGCCUCCGAAGCCCUUAGCACCUCAACAACCACGCUCUUUUGCGAGAAAAAGCAGCGCAAAUUUACAUUCUCGAAGUUCAUACGUCCAAAUCGAAUCACUCAAGGCUGAGACACCUGACCGCGCGUUUCAGCGCUCGGUAAGCCUUAGCCUGUUCCUGGGCUAGUUUGCGAUCUGUGCUCUCACACCUCACACCGCUUUUCACCGAAACUUUCAGCAG